ACCAUACACCGCGAGGCACCAAAGUUUCCCUCCCAAAUCCAACCUACAUAACCCCAACUCUGACUGUUACAACUCGGAGAAACAGUCUGUUGGACUCAACUCAGUUUCCUCCCAACUCAGUCUGCUGCCGUAGCCGUAGCCAUAGCCAUGGCUUCCUUACACUCCAUAUCUCCCCAGAGCGUUCUCCCCCCUUCCAAACCGAAGCCUAACUUCAGAACCAUCUCCAAGUUUUCCCAGACCCCACUUGUCUCUAGAAACAAAAAACAGAGAACGAAGUUGUGGGUGGUACGCUCCGUGUCCGUGGGGGAAGAGCAGGAUGUGAUCCCAGUACAUAGUACGGACGGUACGGACCAUCAAGAAGGCGUGGUGGUGAGCCGGGUGGAGAUGGAAGGUGGGUUGGAAAAGGAGUUGGUGAGCGGGUUCGGAGCGAAUGAGGGUAGGCUCUCGUUCGAAGGGGCCGGUGAAUUUCAAAGCUUUCCUUCCUCUUCUUCUUCGGGCUCCGUUGGUGAUGGAGUGGGGAAGAGCGAGGAAAUAGAGAGACUGUUGGAUAGGACCAUCAACGCGACGAUAGUUCUGGCUGCGGGUUCUUUCGCCAUCACCAAGUUGCUCACCAUUGACCAGGAUUACUGGCAUGGGUGGACGAUUUUUGAGAUACUAAGAUAUGCACCUCAACACAACUGGACUGCUUACGAGGAAGCUCUUAAGAAAAAUCCAGUUUUAGCAAAAAUGGUUAUUAGUGGAGUGGUGUACUCUCUAGGGGAUUGGAUUGCACAGUGCUAUGAAGGGAAACCUCUCUUUGAGUUUGAUCGAGCACGAAUGUUCAGAUCUGGCCUUGUUGGCUUUAGUUUACACGGUUCCCUUUCUCAUUAUUAUUACCAGUUCUGUGAGGAGCUUUUUCCUUUCCAAGACUGGUGGGUGGUUCCUGCCAAAGUUAUCUUCGACCAAACUGCAUGGGCAGCAGUUUGGAACAGCAUUUAUUUUACUGUCUUGGGAUUUUUGCGUCUUGAAUCCCCAGUUAGUAUUUUCAACGAAUUGAAGGCAACUUUCUGGCCCAUGCUAACUGCAGGAUGGAAACUUUGGCCCUUUGCUCAUCUAGUUACCUAUGGUGUGAUCCCAGUGGAACAAAGACUUCUUUGGGUGGACUGUGUAGAGCUUAUCUGGGUGACAAUACUAUCUACUUAUUCAAAUGAGAAGUCAGAAGCAAGAAUUUUAGAGACACCAGAAGAAGCCAACUCCAGUUCUCCAUCCAUAGAUCCUCCUCAGGAGUAAACAACAUUGUAACACUCAGAAGUCGGAUGGUAAGGAGGAAUUGCUGAUUCAACUGUGAGAGAGAAUACCCACUUUCUCGUGGAUUGUGACUCAGAAGUGAUAUACAAAGCAAUCCAGAUCAUGGCUGGCUGGCAUGAUUCAUUGCAACAGUAAUCUGUACUACUGUAAAGUUUUCUUGAGAAGCUGCUGGUUGAAGGCGGAUAAACUUCUCCCAUUAUAACUGUGACCUAUGAUUUAAUGAUGUGUGUUUCCUUUGCCACCGGAAUCACAAUGCAAAUCGCAGGAUGCUCAUACAAGUUAGUGACACAGAGUGAAGUAUAGUUUUACCCAACUUUCUAUUUCUUGUUCUAAUUUGAAGGCCAUCUCAACCGACACCAUCAUGUUUGGUGUCCGAGUUCUACUUUGAGAGAGCACAAAAUAUAUAUAUAUAUAUAUAUCAUUGGACCUUGGGAGGAAUAAACUCGUGUUUGUGUUGGGUCCC